UCCCACCCUCCGUCUCUUCCCCCGGGGCGGCGUGCAGAGCUCGCGGCGGAGCCGAGGCCCUUGGCGAACAUGGCGCUUAUCCCCUGCCAGGUGCUGAGAGUGGCCAUCCUGCUGUCCUACUGCUCAAUUCUGUGCAACUACAAGGCCAUUGAGAUGCCCGCGCACAAGACCUACGGAGGCAGCUGGAAAUUCCUGACGUUCAUAGACUUGGUUAUCCAGGCUGUCUUUUUUGGAAUUUGUGUACUGACUGACCUUUCCAGUCUCCUGACCAGAGGGAGCAGUAACCAAGAGCAAGAAAGACAGUUAAAGAAGCUCAUCUCUCUCCGUGACUGGAUGUUGGCUGUCUUGGCUUUUCCUGUUGGUGUAUUUGUCGUGACUGUGUUUUGGAGCAUCUACAUCUAUGAUAGAGAGAUGGUUUACCCAAAGUUACUUGAUAAUUUUAUUCCUGCUUGGCUGAACCAUGGAAUGCAUACAACAGUUCUCCCGUUUAUAUUAAUUGAGAUGAGGACAUCACAUCAUCAGUAUCCCAGCAGGAGCUGUGGACUUGCUGCAGUGUGCACCUUUGCUGUUGGCUAUAUAUUAUGGGUGUGUUGGGUGCAUCAUGUAACAGGGAUUUGGGUGUACCCUCUCUUGGAACACAUUGGCCCAGGAGCCAAAAUAACCUUCUUUGGGAUCGCAACCGUUUUAAUGAACCUUUUGUACCUGCUGGGAGAAGUUCUCAACAACUAUAUCUGGGAUACUCAGAGGAGUAUGGAAGAAUGUAAAGAGAGACCUAAAUCGGAAUAAGAUUGAAGUCCAACAUGAAGAAUUGGGUUGUGUCUCCAAUGAACAUCCUUCCCUUUCCCUACAUCCUCCAACAGACAUUGGCAGCACAGCUGAUGAAGUUCUAAGAAAGAAGGCGGGGGCCUCUGCCUCCAAAGUGAUAAAUGUAUUUUUAUGUAAACAGAAUGGAAGCAUACCCUUCAUUUAGAAAUUCACUUCAUUCAUUGUGUAUUGAAGGCUUCUUUAUUCAGAACCCAAUAUCACAAAUAAUGUUUCUUAAUUCUUAAAGUGUAAAUUUAUGUAAUUGUUGCUUCAUUUAACCUGGGAAGAAUGCACAUUCCAUUUCUGUUUCUUGUUGCACGAAGGCAUUAGAAAAAACAGUAUGUUCUAAGACAAUGACUAAUGCUUUCAAUUUUAAAGUUGGUUGUAAUGAUCUACUGAGAAGUCUCCAUGUAAACUUGAAAGGAAAACAUCCCAAGCAAACUCUGGUUUGAGGUUUCCUAUUGCAUUAAUGUCACUGAAAAUAGCAGUUGCCUCAAAUAGGCAGUGUGUUAGUAAUAAUUACACCCAUUCAGUCAGGCCCUCAUUGGCAUUAGACACGUGCAAUUUGCCCUACAUGCAAAAUGUAACAUGAAUAAAGAUUCAGUGUUCCUAC